AUCUCGUUGACUGCGUCAUCACGGACGCUCAAAGCCAUGCUGCCUUCGCGUCCUCCUCGUCAUAAAAUGUAAACGAACGAGUAAGACUUUUUUCAUAGAGAUGGCAUAGCGCAAAAAAAUAAAAAUUAAAAAUAAUCCAGGCUUGUUAAAAUAUAUUAGCGGUCACUCCUCCACUCAGUGGGCUGUGACUGAGUAACUGUCAUUACGAAAGAGGGGCUAUCUUAUGUGGUGUGCUCGCCGACAGUCCCUGAACGCAGCAGCAGCAGCAGCAGCUCGUGUACAUUGACUAUAGACUAGCGUGGUAGUUAGCAAUGUUUACUUCUAGUUAGUACUAUUACUAACAACUAGCUGCUCAUCAACGGCUGCUUGGGACCAAAAGGAGAACAUUUCCCGGCGACCUCGAAGAAGACCCUCUCCUCAUAGCACCCCUCAGCCAGUGAGUCAUGGUGGACUACUACCACGUCUUAGGAGUACACAAAAAUGCAACACCAACAGACAUCAAGAAAGCCUACAGAAAGCUGGCACUAAAGUGGCAUCCAGACAAGAACCCAGAAAAUAAAGAGGAAGCAGAGAAAAGGUUCAAAGAGCUGUCCGAGGCCUAUGAAGUGCUCUCAGAUGAAAGCAAGAGGAACAUAUAUGAUCGAUAUGGAAAACAAGGUCUGAAUGCAGGAGGAGGAGGCGGAGGACAACACAAUCACUUUGGCGGCUCCAACUUCACAUUCCGAAAUCCAGAGGACGUAUUCAGGGAAUUCUUUGGCGGCAGAGAUCCCUUUGCUGAUUUCUUUGCCAACGACCCCUUUGGUGACUUCAUCGGGCACGGCCGCCACAGGGGGGCGAGCAGAACCCGGAUGGGAGGCAGGUUCUUUGAUUUUGGGAGCUUCCCCUUCGAAUCAGCUUUUAACUCCUCCGGUGACAUGAGUGGCGGCGGCUUCACGUCCUUCACCUCCUCUUUUGGCGGCGGCGGCGGUGGGAUGUCCAACUUUAAGUCAGUGUCCACCUCCACCAAGUUUGUCAACGGCAGAAAAAUCACCACCAAACGGACGGUGGAGAAUGGGCAGGAGCGCGUGGAGGUAGAAGAGGACGGCCAGCUGAAGUCGCUAACAGUUAACGACGUCAGCAUUGACGAUGAAGAGCGACGUCGGCGCCGACACAAUCUACUUCCGGGUGUGAGCGGGCACCAGCUCUACCUGAGGAGCUCCGCCCACAAUCCCCCGGAUGAGGAAGAGGAAGCAGAGGAAGAGUACGGCCUAACGAGAGGAGGUUACAUGGAAACCAAGAGGAAAAAGAGUUACUUCAAGGAGGCGGAGUCUAAAAGGAGACGAGCCCCCCCUCGAUUCUUCUACCCCACAUUUGGCGGACUUGCGUCUUUUUUUUCAUAAUCAAAUGUCGUUUCCUUUUGGAAACAUUCUUUGCUAAAUGUGGACACACAGUGGACAUGUCCAGUCAUUUAUUUGGUAUUUUGUUUUGUGACUUUCGGGAAAGAGACGUACCUUAAAAAUAAUGUUUUUAAAGAAAUAAAUGUUGUGAUUACUCUUCA